GUCCCGGGCUGUCCGUCAAGAGGGAGGGCAGGGCCCCGGGCCCCAGGACCCGCCCCUUCUCCGCUCCCUAAGGAGCGGCCGGUCGGGCCCCAGUGAGAGCUCGGCAACUUUUUUGCGGGCGGGGUCGUCCGGUGCAUGGGCAGAGGCGGCCCCCGGCCCCCUGCCCCGCCACCAUGGACGUCCUGCCCUUCGAUGACCCCUCUUCGCUGACCCCGCUGGACCCUUCGUCGCUGACCCCGUCCCUGACUCUCAGUGAAGCCGACGACAUCGACUCGGCGCUGCUCAGCGACAUCGACGAUAUGUUACAGCUGAUCAACAACCAGGACAGCGACUUCCCGGGACUCUUCGACUCGCCCUACGGGGGCCCCAGCACUGCCAUCCCGGAUGCCAGGCCUUCGGGAGGAGCGUCGCCCUCCCCCGGCUCCCUGGGCUCCCCCUUGGAUGGCUUCCUGGGUGGAGGCAAGGGGUCGUCCCCAGCCACGGUCGAGAUGUACCAGCCCCCGCCACCGUCACUCCAGGGCUUCCAGCCUCCUCAGCUGAUGUCCAGGCCGGCCCUCAGCCAGUCCCCGCCGGGGGUCAAGGAGGAGCCCAUGCAGCUGGCGAUUCUUCAGCAGGCCCAGCAGCUGCCCCCACCUCCGCAACAACUCCCGCAGCUGCAGCCCCCACCUCAGCAGCCCCCAGGCGUGCUCAUCACCCAGGGCUACGCGGCGACCCCGGCCCAGCCUCAGUUCGCGUCCCCGGCCCUGCUGAGCUACCAAGGCCAGAGCGGCGGCUUCGCGGCUGCCUCUGGGAGCCCGCAGCAGCCCCUGCCCAACCUGCCAGUCUCACCUCAGGGGGUCUCACCUCAGGGGGUCUCACCUCAGGGGGCCCCGCCCCCCGUCACCAUCCAGACGCAGGUCCAGCACAUCUCUCCCCAGCAGUUGCUGACGACCACCACCCCGGCACCCAGCCAGACCGUCACCUCCCAGAUUCAGCAGGUUCCAGUCCUCCUGCAGCCCCACUUCAUCAAGGCCGACUCCCUGCUGCUGACAGCCGUGAAGACCGACGUGGGCUCCGUGGGGUCGGGGGUGAAGACAUCUAGCAUCACGUCUCUGGCCACCUCGACGGCCGUCCAGUCGGCCCCCCUGCAGACCCUGGUGAGCGGAGGCACCAUUCUCGCCACGGUGCCACUGGUGGUGGAUGCCGACAAGCUGCCAAUCAACCGGCUGGCCGCCAGCGGGAAGACCCCCAUGACGCAGAGCAAGGGGGAGAAGCGGACGGCCCACAAUGCCAUCGAGAAGCGCUAUCGCUCCUCCAUCAACGACAAGAUUGUGGAGCUGAAGGACCUGGUGGUGGGCACGGAAGCCAAGCUGAACAAGUCAGCCAUCUUGAGGAAGGCCAUCGACUACAUCCGCUUCCUGCAGCAGACCAACCAGAAACUGAAGCAGGAGAACUUGUCGCUCAAGAUGGUGGCCCAGAAGAACAAAUCCCUCAAAGACUUGGUAUCUUGCGGAAGCGGCAGGAGCACGGAUGUGGCCAUGGAUGGUGGCAUCAAGCUGGAGAUGAUGGAUGCUCUGACGCCACCCCCCUCGGACGCGGGCUCCCCCUCCCACAGCAGCCCCCUCUCGCUAUGCAGCGGGGGAGGCGGCAGCAGCAGUGGCAGCGACUCCGAGCCUGAUAGCCCCCUCUUUGAAGACACGAAGAUGAAGCCGGAGCAGCUGGUUUCUCCCUUGGGCAUGCUGGACCGCUCACGCCUGGCCCUCUGCACCUUUGUCUUCCUGUGCCUCUCCUUCAAUCCGCUGGCUUCUCUGCUGGGUGGAGCCGGCCCCAGGGCCCCUGCCGCUGCUUCCCACCGGCCUGGCCGGAGCGUCCUGACCACCGACAACAGAGAUGUCUCAGGCUGGGGGCAGUGCCUCCUGCCCACCCUGCUCUUCUGGCUGCUCAACAUGCUGGUGGUCCUGGGCGCCUCCGUACGGCUCUUCAUCUACGGCGAGCCGGUCACCCGGCCUCACUCGGAGUCCUCGGUCCUCUUCUGGAGGCACCGCAAGCAGGCCGACCUGGACCUGGCCCGGGGGGACUUUGCCCAGGCGGCCCAGAACCUGUGGAUGGCCCUGAAGGCUCUGGGCCGGCCCCUCCCCACCUCCCACCUGGACCUGGUCUGCAGCCUCCUCUGGAACCUCAUCCGUCACGUGCUGCAGCGCCUCUGGGUGGGCCGCUGGCUGGCCGGCCGGGCUGGGGGCUUCCGGCGGGACCGCGAGCUGAAGGCCCACGUGCGCACCAGCUGCCGGGACGCUGCCCUGGUCUACCACAAGCUGCACCAGCUGCAGAUGACGGGGAAGCACACCGGCGGACACCUCUCUGCCGUCAGCCUGGCCCUGAGCGCCGUCAACCUGGCGGAGUGCGCCGGGGGCGCCGUCUCCGUGGCGACGCUGGCCGAGGUCUACGUGGCAGCCGCCCUGCGCAUCAAGACCAGCCUCCCCCGCGGCCUCCACUUCCUGGCGCGCUUCUUCCUGAGCAGCGCCCGGCAGGUGUGCCUGGCCCAGAGCGGCUCCGUGCCCCCGGCCCUGCAGUGGCUCUGCCACCCUGUGGGCCACCGCUUCUUUGUGGACGGCGACUGGUCGGUGAGGGCCGUCCUGAAGGAGAGCCUCUACAGCUCCGCCGGAAGCCCAGUGGACCCCCUCGCUCAGGUGACCCAGCUGUUCCGAGAGCACCUCCUGGAGCGAGCUCUGGGCUGCGUGGCUCAGCCCAAGCAGACCGUAGACACGGCCGACGGCCACAGGGAGUUCUCGGAUGCCCUGGAAUACCUCCAGUUGCUGAACGGCUGCUCGGACGCCAUCGGGGCCCCCGACCACAGCCUCUCCAUCGGCCCCAGCUCCUCUGCCGGUGCCGACCAGGUGGCCAAGUGGUGGGCGUCGCUGGUCACCGUGGUGAUCCACUGGCUGCAGCGGGACGAGGAGGCGGCCGGACGGCUCUACUCCCUGGUGGAGCACAUGCCCAAGACCCUGCAGGCUUCCGAGAAACCCCUGCCGUGGGCAGCGCUGCACUCCUUCCGAGCCGUGCGGGCCCUUCUGGCCAAGGACGGCGGCCCCGCCAGCCUGGCGCACUGUGACAAGGCCAGCGGCUACCUGCGCGAAAGCCUCACCGUGGCCACCUCUCCAGCCCACAGCCACAUCGACAAGGCGGUCCAGCUCCUCCUCUGCGACCUGCUGCUGGUGACCAGGACCAGCCUGUGGCGACAGCCAGCAGCCGCCGCCGCCGCCCGGGGGGCCGCCCCUGGGCUUCGGGCACCUGGCCUCGCCCCUGGAGCUGCGGUGGCUUCCAGCAGGACCUGAGCAGCCUUACGGCGCCUAGCCCAGUCCUUCCGGCCGGCCAUGCGCAGGGUGUUUGUGCACGAAGCCACGGCCAGGUUGAUGGCCGGCGCCAGCCCCACCCGCACCCACCAGCUCUUGGAUCGCAGCCUGCGCAGGAG